GAACAUAUUUAAGUGGGCGUGGAUUUCCAUUUUAUGGGCGUGGUUUGUCGGUGUCGGGGAGGGGUUACAAGCUGGGGGCGGGCUGCGCCCCCCUCCCAGUAUCAGACAUGUGUGAGCAGGCAGCCCGGUACUGCAGGGACAGCGUCCACAAGCUCCUGCAGCAACAGCAUCCUCAGGCCCGGGGUCUGGACGGUCUACUCCGCUGGAUUGUAACCAAGAUGAGCGACAAGAGUGAACGAGAGCUGCGGGGAGAGGAGGAAGUCACCCCUAUCCCGGUCACCAGGAGGGGCAUCUCCGUAAUCCUGGAUAUCUUCCGCCGGGCAGAUAAGAACGAUGAUGGGAAGUUGUCGUUGGAUGAAUUUCAGACAUUUUUUUCAGAUGGGACACUCAAUGAGGAGGAGCUGGAAAAACUGUUUCACACCAUUGACUCUGACAACACCAAUAAUGUGGACACCAGGGAGCUUUGUGAUUACUUUGCCAAUCACAUGGGGGAUUAUGAAGAUGUCCUUUCUUCCCUGGAAACACUCAACUUGUCCAUACUAAAGGCUAUGGACUAUACAAAGAGGGUAUAUGAAAGGGGUACCAAUGUGGACCAAUUUGUAACUCGCUUCCUUCUGAAGGAGACAGCCAAUCAGAUUCAGUCACUUCUCAGCUCAGUGGAAAGUGCAGUUGAUGCAAUAGAUGAACAGACAAAUCAGAUCAGGAACUGUAACAGUAAGAGUGGACAGAUGACGACAGUUGGAUGGUAUGAAGAUUCUUCUCCUUUUUACCCUGCAAGCAGGUCUUCAACCAAGGACGUGAGGAAGAGCAUCAAAAGCAGCUCCUCUGACAUAAAGGACGAAGGCUUAGAGGCUCAGAUUAAUCGACUGGCCGAGCUGAUCGGAAGACUGGAAAACAAGACUCUGUCAUUUGAUUUGCAUCAGAGACUGUCUGACAGCGAAAGUGGCUCUAGUGCGUAUCUGUUCCUGGUGAGGCAGGAGAUGAAGGUUUCCCAGAAGAGCAUGGGGGAGUUCUACAGCUCUCUGAAGCAGUAUUUAAAGAAUCUGUCUGGAGAUGGGGAGUGUUUCCACGUAACUGCUGCCCGGCUACCAGAUGCAGCCACUUAUAUAGUUUAUGAGUUUUGGGAAACAGAAGAGGAUUGGAAGAGACACCUGCAGAGUGCAGCUUAUAAAUUAUUUCAGCAUGUCAAGGUGGACACCCUGCUCCAGCCAGAAUCCAUCUCCAACAUUUCUGUACCAGCUGCGUGGUGCACCUUGAGCAGAGAUUGAUGGAGCCACCUGUAAGGACAGACCUAAGUGGAUAAUAUUGUCAAUACUCUACUGAGCCUCAUGUUUCUGUCUGACUUGAAUCCCCUGUAACCCCCAACCAGGAGUUUUUCUCUGAGAAUUCUCAGUUUUCUCAAGUGCUGUCUUUUUAAUCUGAAUGUAUUUGCUUGUUAGUUAAAGGGAAAUCAUAAUGAAACCCCUUAAACCCUAAACACUGCCUCAAUAAUAGUAGUAUUAAAUAAAAAUGGAAUAAUAAAAAUAAAUAAUAGUUAGUAAAAAUGGUAUAGGUGAAAAGUGCAAAGAGUCUAAAUAUAAAAAAGCAACCCACCAGGACAAUCUUCAGAAGAUCCUGGCCUUAGAAAGAUAUUCUAGAAACCCUCCUCGAGACUAUAUUAUCCUUGCAUCAUAUACACCAGUGAACCGAUCCAGUGGGUCCAUUCACAUUAUCAUCAGUUAAUUUACAUUAUAUUUCUUUAGUUCGCUGAGAAAAAGAAAACUAAUAACCUGUGAGAAAAGUAGUUAAUUCUGCAGCUGGUCUCAUUUGUAGAAACAAAGCCUGCCAGUGGACAUAUGCACUUAGAUCAUUAGUUGGCAUUCUUUACAUUUGUUCUUUUUGUCCAUGCAAAUAGCAUAUUCUAGGCCUACGCAACCCCUCAGGUCUGUUUACUGUUUAUCUUCUAAUGAUGCAUGGCUAGAUUAGAUGUUCAGUGCACUGGAAGCCUUAGUAGCUGCUUCCAUUUAUUAGGUGAUAUGUUUUUUCUUUCUUUUUUAAAAAUAUCCUAGGACUGAAUGACAUGCACAAACUCCUCGGAAUGUUGAAUUCUUCAGUGUAAUGUUUGAUAUUCUAUACUUGUAUGUACUGAAUACUCUUGGUAAAAGGUUUAAUGCCUUGUGUGAUGCAGGAUUCUUGGAAAUGCCAUUUUAAAGGAAAUAUUUAUUAUAGGAUAUGUACAGCCCAGAUACAAGUAAUAAAACUCUUAAAAAAGA